AUGCUAAAUCAACCAAAUGAAAAUCUUGCCUGGAAUCCAGAAGUUCCCAGAAAUGUCCAACCUCAUGAUGAGGAAGCUCCUGAAGUAGAAAAUAAAAACUACUUCAGUCCAAAGCACUCUUAUUGUGUGGAAACAAUUUGUGCACCUUGUGGUGUUUUCAUUGCAUGGGUCAAGUUUGCAAAAGCUGAGUCACCAACAAACAUUCUAAAGUUUAUGGAAGAUACAUUUCCAGAUGAAAGUACAAGACCGGAUUAUAUAUGCAUUGAUAAGGCAUGUCUGGUUCUUAGAACAAGCAUUCAAAAUGGAAGCUGGGAUGAAUGGUGCAAGACUAGCCGACUUAUGGUUGAUGCAUAUCAUUACAUCAAUCAUCACACUACAGAUAUGAUCUGCCGAAAAUAUUGCAACCCUGCUUCUCUUGAUGGAUCAGCACCUAAUUUGGUUAUUGAAGCAGAGACAAAAGAUGGGGAAAAAUAUUUGAAAUGA